AUGGCUGGAUCUGGAAGUUCUGAGGUGAGAACUUCGAUCUUCUCCGGUGAGAACUACGAGUUCUGGAGAAUCAAGAUGUUGAAAAAGGGGGUUACGAUCUCUGAUUCAAAGAAGAAGACGGCUGAAGGAAGCGCAGAAGAGGAAGACGAUGAGAAAACUGUGGCAGAAUAUAUGCGAGAUGCGAAAGCUCUGGGUAUUAUCCAGAAUGCAGUCUCGGAUCAAAUAUUCCCUCGAAUUGCCAAUGCUGAUACAGCGAAGAUGGCAUGGGAUCUGCUAUAUGGUGAAUAUCACGGUGGUGAUCAGGUACGAUCAGUUAAACUCCAAAAUCUUAGACGUGAAUUCGAGUAUACUAGAAUGCGUGAUGAUGAAACGUUAUCUGGGUAUCUUACACGGUUGAAUGAACUGAUUAACCAAAUGAAGACGUUUGGUGAGGUAUUGUCUAAUGAAAGGCUUGUGCAAAAGGUUUUAAUAAGUCUUAGCAAACCUUAUGAUCCCAUUUGUCUUGUGAUUGAGAAUACAAAGUGUAUAGACAAGGUUGAUUUGCAGGAGGUUUUGGCAAUUCUUAAGAGCCAAGAACAACGCUUUGAUAUGCACACUGUUGAUGCUACUGAUAAGGCUUUUGGCUCUUUUUCUGUGAAUCCAAAAGGUCAGCAACAGCGGGGUAAUUCUCAGUCAAGUGAAUCUAAGAAAAACUGGAAUGGAAAGGGCAAGAAGUGGGAUUCAAAGCCUCAGUCCCAGCAAAGGUCAUUUGCUAAUCCUGCACAGAAUUCAACUUCUGCAGGAUCCAUGAAACAAGAUGCAGUCAAGCCACAGUGCAAGGUGUGCUCUAAGUUUCACUUUGGAGAAUGUCGAUACAAGGGGCAAUCCAAAUGUCAUAACUGUGAUAGGUUUGGGCAUUGGGCUAGAGAAUGCACAGCAGGCAAGGUUGUUCAGAAGGCAAACUGUGCUAAUCAAGCAGAAGUAACAGGCAAUCUGUUCUAUGCUAACAGUGCAAUUACUGAGGUCAAGGUGAAUGGGAACUGGUACAUUGAUAGUGGUUGUAGCAACCACAUGACUGGAAAUGCUGAGCUUCUUAUUGAUGUAAGGACAAAUGUCACUGGAAAAGUACAAAUGCCCACUGGAAAUCUGGUAGAUGUUGCUGGAAUAGGUUCACUUAUGAUUGAUACAAAUUCUGGCAGAAAAUGCAUCAAGGAAGUCAUGUUUCUACCUAGUUUGAAAGAAAAUCUGUUGAGUGUGGGACAGAUGGAUGAACAUGGAUAUUAUUUGCUAUUUGGUGGAAGAGAGUGUUGUAUCUUUGAUGGUCCUUCACUUGAUUGUCUGAUUAUCAAGGUUAAAAUGAAAAAUAAUAGGUGCUACCCUCUGUCUUUAAUGCAAACUGAUCAAAUUGCAUUGAAGGCUAGUGUGACUGAAUGUACCUGGAUUUGGCACAAGAGACUAGGACACCUAAAUCUUAGAAGCCUCAAGCAGCUUAGAGAAAACGAAAUGGUGCCUGGUCUUCCACACCUUGAAGAUGUUAAUGGUGUGUGUGCUGGCUGUCAAAUGGGAAAACAACACAGAGAUUGGUUUCCAAAAGGACAAGCUUGGAGAGCUAAGAAUCCUCUAGAAUUGGUACACACAGAUUUGUGUGGUCCCAUGCAAAAUGAAUCAAUUGCUGGGAAUAAAUACUUCAUGUUGCUUAUUGAUGAUCACACAAGAAUGUCAUGGGUUUAUUUCCUAAGACAUAAAUCUGAGGCACUAAUCUGUUUCAUAAAGUUCAAAGCAAUGGUGGAGUUACAAUGUGGAUUCAAAGUGAAAUGCCUAAGGAGUGACAGAGGGGGAGAAUUUCUCUCAACUGAAUUCAGCAAGUUAUUGGAAUCUGAAGGCAUGCAAAGACAGUUAUCCAUUGCUUAUACUCCACAGCAAAAUGGAGUAGUGGAGAGAAAGAAUAGAACAGUUGUAGAGAUGGCUAAGGCAAUGCUUCAUGAUAAAAGCAUGCCAUACUUUCUGUGGGCAGAAGCUGUACAUACAGCUGUUUAUAUUCUAAACAGAUCACCUGCAAAAGCUCUUCAUAACAUAACUCCUUUUGAAGCCUAUAGUGGGAGAAAACCAGGAAUUGGUCACUUAAAGGUGUUUGGAUCACUCUGUUAUGUGCAUGUACCACCUGAAAGAAGACAAAAGCUUGAUGCAAAGUCUGUCAAAGGUGUGUUUGUGGGGUAUGCAACCUGUGAGAAAGGGUACAGAGUAUUUGAUCCAAGCACUAAGAAGCUGAUUUUGUCAAGGGAUGUGAUUUUUUAUGAAACCAAGUCCUGGAACUGGAAGGAAACUUCAGAAAAUUCUGUUGCUGUGACUUAUAUUCCAAAUCAACCUCCCUAUGAUCAUACUCCAUUGAAGUGGAGAAACAUAAAUGACAUUCUAGCACAAUGCAAUCUCUGCAUUGUGGAACCUGAAAAAUAUGAAGAGGCUGCACAGGAUAAGGCUUGGAUAAAAGCAAUGGAAGAAGAGCUGUCCAUGAUUGAGAAAAAUGAAACUUGGGAGCUUGUAGACAGACCAAGUGAUAAGCAGGUUAUUGGUGUGAAAUGGGUGUUCAAAACCAAGUUGAAUUUAGACGGCUCUGUACAAAAGAACAAGGCAAGGCUGGUUGCUAAAGGGUAUGUGCAGAAACCGGGUGUUGACUAUAAUGAAACAUUUGCUCCAGAAGAAGUGUAUGUUGAUCAACUUGAAGGGUUUGUGAUUAAUGGCAAGGAAGAUAAGGUCUACAAAUUGUACAAGGCUCUUUAUGGCUUGAAACAGGCGCCUAGGCCCUGGUAUGGAGAGAUUGACAGCUAUUUUGCUAAGUGUGGGUUUGAGAAAAGCUUAAGUGAAGCAACCCUCUACACUAAGACAAGAGGAGAAAAUGAUAUACUAAUAGUCUCCAUCUAUGUGGAUGACAUAGUGUAUACUGGAAACAACCAAGACAUGCUGGAUGAGUUCAAAGAAGAUAUGAAGGAGAAGUAUGAGAUGUCAGACUUGGGUCUUCUUCAUCAUUUUCUAGGAAUGGGGGUGAUUCAAACAGAAUCUAGCAUUUUCAUUCAUCAAAAGAAGUAUGCUUCUUCCCUGUUGGAUAAGUUUGGAUUGAAAGAAUGUAAAUCUGUUUCUAUUCCUCUUGUGGCUACUGAAAAGUUAAGUAAAGAAGAUGGAAGUGGUGCUGCAAAUGAAGAGAAAUACAGAAAGCUUGUAGGCAGUUUAUUGUAUCUCACUGCUACAAGGCCAGAUGUGAUGUAUGCAGCUAGCUUAUUAGCUAGAUAUAUGCAUGGUCCUUCUAACAAGCAUUAUGGGAUAGCUAAAAGAGUGCUCAGAUAUAUCAAAGGAACAUUGGACUACGGUUUGCAUUAUAUGAAAGGCAAGAAGGCUGUUUUAGUUGGUUUCUAUGAUAGUGACUGGGGAGGAUCACUAGAUGACAGCAAGAGUACCUCAGGCUAUGCUUUUUCCUUUGGCAGUGGAGUGUUCUCAUGGGCCUCUAUGAAACAAAAUUGUGUUUCACUUUCCACUGCAGAGGCUGAGUAUAUAAGUGCUGCUGAAGCAACAACUCAAGCUAUAUGGCUCAGGUUUGUUCUUGAAGAUUUUGGAGAGUUACAAGCUGAAGCAACUCCUUUGCAGUGUGACAAUACAUCUGCAAUCUCAAUAACUAAAAAUCCUGUGUUUCACCAAAGGACUAAGCACAUUGAUAGAAGAUAUCACUUCAUAAAGAAUGCCUUGCAGCAGGGAUUUGUUGAUUUGGUAUACUGUCCAACCAAAGAACAAGUUGCAGACAUUUUUACCAAGGCCUUACCAAAAGAGAGAUUCAACUAUCUCAUAGAUAAGCUUGGAGUUGUAUCAGCUCAAAGCUUAAAGGGGAGUAUUAGUGUAUAA